AUGAGUAGUCAUAGUUAUUUAGAACAGAGGUCAGCUCACUCCUGGCGAAUAGAACUUCAAGGCACGAUCAACAGACCUUGAUUACCAUAAAUAGAGGAUUCAUAAAGCUGCAACAGGAAGUUCCUGGAAGGAUUGUGCAACCUACAAGCAUACUUCAGCACAUAACAGCAAUUAAAAGAGAUGUAUCAUCAUCAACAACAGCUCCAGAGACACAGCCAACUCUUGUCUUCUAGGCAGACUUUCCCUUCAGAGAGGCACCUACUUUUACAAGGAGGAAUCGUUCCAGGAGAGUCAGGACUUGUACUCUCAACUGAUGCUAAGCCCAGGUUAAAAUGGACCCCUGAGCUGCAUGAUCGCUUCGUGGAGGCCGUAAAUCAACUUGGCGGGCCAGAUAAAGCUACCCCCAAAACAAUUAUGAGGCUCAUGGGUGUCCCUGGACUAACAUUAUAUCAUCUUAAGAGCCAUCUCCAGAAAUACAGACUAAGCAAAAAUCUCCAUGCUCAAGCCAAUGUUGGAAAUUCAAGAAAUGUGGUAGGCUGCACCAUGGCGACAGAGAAGCACUCUGAAGGAAAUGGAUCACCAGUCAGCCACCACCUUGGGGCACAGACAAACAAAUCGAUGCACAUAGGUGAAGCACUUCAGAUGCAAAUCGAAGUGCAGCGACGGCUACAUGAGCAACUAGAGGUACAGAGACAUCUGCAACUCCGAAUUGAAGCACAAGGAAAGUACCUGCAAUCGGUGCUGGAAAAGGCACACGAGACACUUGCAAAGCAGAAUACAGGCUCGGCUAGUCUAGAAAAUGCAAAGAUGCAACUGUCAGAAUUGGUCUCAAAAGUGUCAACAGAAUGCCUCCAUAAUGCUUUUACAGGCUUUGAGGAGAUUCAAGGUUCACAAAUGUUACAAACCAUGCAACUUGGUGAUGGAUCAGUCGACAGCUGCUUAACUGCAUGCGAGUCACAAAGAGAUCAAGAUAUCCUAUCAAUUAGCCUUUCUGCUAAAAAGGGAAAGGAGAUUGGAGCUAUGGCAUUUGAUCUGCACAUGAAAGAAGGACAUGGGAAUUUAUUUCUUGAGAAACUAAGCAGAAGGCCUCCAAACCACCAAGAAGGGCAUGAGAGGACGGAUGGCUUUAGCAUUUCAUGCCAGACAACAAAACUGGAUCUAAACAUCAAUGAGACAAAUGAUGGGCCUCAGAACUGCAAGAAAUUUGAUUUAAAUGGGUUCAGCUGGACCUAGAAAACACGCAAGAGUGCCAAUUUCAUAGCAGUGAGAUUAAGUGAAACAGAACAGUUGUUCCACUGAUCAAAGAUGUUGACAUGCAUCCCAUGGUAAGACCUGGACCAUCUUUGGUGUCAGCCAUCGCAAUUCACCGAAAUAAGUGAUGGACUUGACAAUAAGAUGCUUCUUGCAAGCCACAGAAGUAGGUUGUGUAGAUUCCAGAGAAAGUAGUCCAGAACUCAGUGUUCUCCUUUACUAUAUGCAUUGUUGUGAUUCUGUACCAUAGAAAUACCACGAAUUUUGUUGCACCCCCAUACCAAAAAAUGAUUCGCAUAGGACUGGCGGUGCCAAGGAACUUAUCUUUUGCCUAA